GUACAGGACAAGGAGAUGGGCCGUGGGAUCCGGUGUAGUUGUGCGAACCCGCCAAGGUCUCUCACUUUCAUCUCUUUCCCUCGUCUGACCGGUGGUGGAAGUGGCGGUGGUGGCGGUAGCGGCGUCUUCAGCUUUAUUAUUUCGUUUUUCCUCUACCUUGCCGGCGUUCGUCCUUCUCUGCUGUCCAACGUCGCAUUGGUCCUCGUUGUUGUCGUCGAACACGAUCACCUCCUGCAACACACCGUCAGUCAUCGUACUCGCAUUAUUAUUGAUUCCGAUAUGAAGCGCAACACAUGUCUCUGGGUGGUUUUCACCAUUUACUUCGUCCAACAAUGCGUUUGUCAACAGCAACUCAAGUCUUCUAACGUGCAGGAAGACCCAUGCAAGGCCAAGAACAAGGUGGCACCGGACGUGGCGUACUGCGACCGUUAUUGGGAAUGCGUGGACGGACAGCCCGAAUUGUACGACUGUCCGAACGGUUUAGUGUACUCGGGCAAACAUAGGGGCGUGACCGAGGGAUGUGACUAUCCGUGGAGAGCGGACUAUUGCGAGGGCAAAACUCAAGUCAAUGGACCCAUUACCCGCGAUCACUGCGACUGGCUGUACGGCAUAUUCGGCCAUGAGACUUCGUGCACGCGGUACUGGACUUGCUGGAACGGCACCUCCACCGAACAGCUAUGCAUUGGCGGAUUGUUGUACAACGAGAAAACACACUCUUGCGACUGGCCCGAGAACGUCGAGGGUUGCCAGAAACACCCUCUUUGCAAUGAAGAUGCGAAUGGAAACGUGCCUUUAGGAAAAUCGUGCAAUAGGUACUGGCAGUGUCAGGGAGGAUACCCGCGGCUUCAAAGAUGUCCGGCCAUGUUGGUGUUCGACAAGCGCACUUUGAGGUGUGUGGUGCCGCCCACCGAGGAUUGUGAGGUGCCGACCACGCCAGCUCCAUCUCCGGACGAUCUGCCGUCCAAUGAAGAAGAUGGUGAAGAGAACGUGCCACAGCAGCCACAACAGCAGCAAGCUAAGAUAACCGCUGCCGCUACACCCACGUCACAGCGCCAACAACAGAGAGCACAGCAACCGCAACAACAGCUACAACCACAGCAACAGACACAACAACAAUUACAACAACAACAACAUCGGCAAGGUGGCCAACAACAGAGGCAGUUCCUACAGCAGCAACAGUCCGCUGUUCAACAACAGACGCAGCAGCCGCAACAACAGCAGUUCCAACAACAAUCCCGCAGCCAGUUCCAGCAACAGGCCAGGAAUGUUCAACAACCACAACAAUCACCACAACAAUUCCUGCCACAACAGCGGCCUCAAAUCCAGCAAUUCCAACUGCCCCCGUUGCCGGAACAACAACAACAACAACAACAACAACAACAGCAACAGCAGCACAUCGUUCAAAGAAGAGAAAACGGAGAAGAGUCGCAAAAAGGAGAUGCGGAUGUUGAAUAUGAUGAUGUAUCGGUCUAAUUUUCCGAACAUUAAUCACUCAUAAUUAGCAAUUAUACACGCAUUCUAACACCGAAUUUUCGGUUUUCACGAACCAUAUAUUAUUUAGUGCAAAACCAAGAUAAAUAAUCGAAUUCGGUUCCUUUGUUAAAAAUAAUUUUAUUCACAAAUUCGAAUAGUAAAUAUAAUAAUAUUAUUGUUUUUUUUAUUUUUAAAUUUUUUCUCGAUACAAGGCGAUUUUUCGUGAAUGCAAUGGUUUACAGAGUUAUAUAAUCAGUUGUUACAAUUAAAUUUAUUGUGAUAAAAUAUGUAUUUCUACACAACUAAACAAUAAUAGGGUUGUGAACAUUCCAUAACAUGAUUCGAUUUUCAGAGGCAAACCCACAGGUUAUAUUAUGUAAUUUUCAUUUUUUCGCACUUGUUUUAGUAAUUAUUUAUCUAUUCGUAAUCAGGUAAACAUCAUAGUUAAGUUUUUUCAUCAAGAAAUUCCAUCGCUGUAUGUUCUGUCGGAUAUUGAUAAAAUUAUAUCGUAUUUCAAUAUUUUCACGUACUUGCGCUGUAUCGUAUUUCACCGAGCAGUGUAAAAACAUCGUUUGAGCAAUUUAGGUACAAAGAUUAGGCAAAACAAAAAAGAUAAAAAACAAUAAAAUAUGAGGAUUCUAAUUUUCUUUAAACGUGAUUUAAAAAGUAAAUAGUUUUCAAUUUCUACAUUACACUAAAGUGAAUUGACAGUCAAAGGGGACAUGUGUUAGUUUGUCGAUGGUUUUUUAUAGUAUAAAUCAGUCAAGUUAUUUCAACUUGUAUAAAAUAAUACCCACUGAAGCGCAUUCAUGUUAAAUCACUUUGUAU